AUGCUAGUUUUCGUAAUUUCUUUGUUCAUUGUUUUGUUUAGUUUUGACCAGCUUAAUGCUGAAUUACGACGUGACGACACUUGGCCACCGCCGGACUUUUUAGAGGUAUUGAAACCAAUUAGCGAAAAAUGUAAAGCCGAAACUGUAGUUACCGAUGCGGCCAUUAAGGAGUUCAGUGAUGGUGAAGUUCACGAAGAUGCAGCACUCAAAUGUUAUAUGUCAUGUUUGUUCCAUGAAUUCCGUGUGGUCGAUGAUAAUGGCGAUCCACAUUUUGAGAGAAUUAAUACACAUGUCCGAUUACUUGACGAGGAAAUUCGACAAAUCGUCCAAGUAACUUUUCUGAUCUGUACAAAUCCACAACGUGUUGAUAGGUACGAACGAGCCUUUUCCAUUCAUAAAUGCUGGAAAACGCACGAUCCAAAAGUAUGCUCACAGUAGAUGGCUAUGAUUUUCAAUAACAUUUUCUUACUUAUAGUUCAAUUUUGGAAUUUGAAUCCAAUUUAAAAUUGUUCUAAUGUAAGAAUCUUCUCAUUUCCAAUUGUUUAUUUUUCCCAGCAUUAUUUCUUGGCCUAAGAUGAAUAUUUUAUCAGUGGGUUUGGUUUAUUUGGAAAGUUGCAU